AUGGCCGACUUGACGUCUGUGGCAGCUCCCCCAAGCCCCGCCAAAGUGGACGGCAAUGCCAUCGUGGAAGACCCGAAGGCCUACAACACCGAGAAGGCCACGGUCAAGUCCGAGCAGCCGGGCACAACCGUGGAGCGGGAGCCCAGUGGCAUUAUCCUUUUCUGGCUUUGCUGUGUCAGCGCCCUGGAGGGCUUGGACACCCAAUUAGUCCCAGCGUGCCAGUUCGCCUUGCAAAGAGAUCUUGGACUCAGCCUUGGGCACUUCGCCAUCUUGACCACGGUGCAGAUGGUGCUCACCAACCUCGCAGCACCCUUCUGGGGAAUCCUGGCCGAUCGCGGAACCAUGAAGAAGAAGCACAUUUUGUUCGUCGGCGCAUUGGGCGAGGGCCUCGCGGUCGCCAUCUUUGCCUUCGUCCCCAACUUCUUUGUCAUGGUCCUCCUGCGCGGCAUGAGCGGCUUCUUCUUGGCCUCGCUGCGACCGGUCUGCAACGGACUCAUCGCGGAUCUCACCUCGGACAAUCGUCGGGGCAAGAUCUUCGGCCGGGUUCAGAGUGCGCUCCUCUUUGGCAUGUUCUGCUCCCUCCUCAUCGCGGGCAACGUGGCGAACCCGUAUGUGGGUGAAAUCCCCGGCUGGCGCUUCCUCUUUGCCGGUGCAGGCCUUGUGGCCUUCUGCGUGGCUGCUGGUGUCGCGGGCUUCCUGGUGGAGCCACCGCACGAGCUGGAUGCCGCUGCGGACAAGAAGGGCUGUGCGGCCGUGCUCUCAGAGCUCAAAACGGUCUUCAACUUCCUCUGCAUCCCCACUUUCUGCGUCAUGAUCAUGCAGGGGGUGUUCGGCACCAUCCCUUGGAGCGUCAUGGGCAACAACUUGCUCUACUUCAAGCUCUGCGGCCUGGAAGACUGGGAGGCGAGCAUUUUGGCCUCGGAGGGCACUGUCAUGGGUAUGUUCGGCAACAUCAUCGGAGGGAUGGUUGCUGAUGCCCUGGCCCGGCGCUUUGGCUACCACGGCCGGCCCCUGAGCGCACAGAUUACCGUGGCCAUUGGCAUUCCCCUCGUCUUCCUGCAGUUCUACGGUAUCCCUGCUGGCUCGGGAAGCUUCGGGACCUACUUCGCCCUCAUUGCCGGCUUCGGUGUCUUGGGAUCCUGGGCCCAGUCCGGAACCAACUUCCCCAUCCUGUCUGACAUCGUCCCCGCCAGCGAUCGAAGCAAGGUCAUGGCUUGGGAGUGUGCCAUGGAAAACUCAUUGGCAAAUGCCAUUGGCCCCGCCAUGGUGUCCACCUUGGCCACCGGUGUCUUUGGUUACACCUUUGGUGAGGAGGAGAAGAGCGGAAAGUCGCUUCACUCUGCGACAGCUCUGGGAAGUGCGAUGGCGGCCACCAUUUGCAUUCCUUGGCUAAUCACCCUGGCAGCCUACACACUGCUCCACUGGAGUUAUCCUCGAGACAUGCGCCGCCUCCGUGCAAAGCAGCAGGCGGCCACCGAGGCCCAGGGUGAAGAGAUGGGUGAAGAGAUCAUGUGCGGAUUGAUGCCACAACGUUCCGACAGCUGUUUCAGCCCCUCCUGGUCCUCCACAUAUUUCCCUCGCCUUAUCAACUUUGCGAUGGCUCGCUCCUCGAGUGUCCUUGCCGGUGGCCUUCUUGGCGCCGCCUCUUUGGGAGGCCUUGCCUUCGUGGCACCCGGGCAGAGCCGUCCUCAGCCCGUUCAGCAGCAGGUUGCCCAUGCGCAGGGAUUCCUGGCAUCCACUGGCACCAGCACCAGCAGCACGGGUGCUGUGCAGGGCAUGGCUGGUGCCUUGGCCGUGGCCGGCUUGAGCGUUGCCGCUGUGCGAGGCGCAUCGGCUGCUUCCCGCCAGCAGGGCGUCAAGCCUCGGGCAGCCAAGAGCGUCGUCGCAUGCAGGUCCUUGGCCAAGCUGAAGAUUGACGGAGUGGACCUGAAGGACAAGCGAGUCUUCAUCCGCGUCGACUUCAACGUGCCUCAGGAUAAGAAGGACCCGAACAUCAUCACCAACACGGCCCGAAUCGAUGCCGCUCUGCCCACCAUCAAGUACGCCCUGGACAACGGUGCCAAGUCCGUGGUGCUUUGCUCGCACUUGGGCCGCCCCAACGGCCAGAAGGACGAGAAAUUCUCCAUGAAGCCAGUGGCCAAGGUGGUCGAGGAGAAGCUGGGACGGCCCGUGAAGCUGAUGAACGACGUGGUCGGGGAGGAGGUCGAGGCUGCGUGCGCCGACCCCGAGCCGGGCACCGUGAUCCUGCUGGAGAACUCCCGGUACUACGUCGAGGAGGAAGGCAAGGGCAAGGAUGCUGAUGGCAACAAGGUGAAGGCGUCGGCCGACAAGGUGAAGGAGUUCCGCGCAUCCCUGGCCAAGCUGGCAGACAUCUACUGCUCCGAUGCCUUCGGCACUGCCCACCGUGCUCACAGCUCCAUGGUCGGAGAGGGCUACCCCGUGAAGUGCUCUGGCUUCCUCCUGGCCAAGGAGCUCGACUACUUUGCCAAGGUGGUGGACGCGCCCACCAGGCCGGUGUGCGGCAUCCUCGGCGGAGCGAAGGUCGCCGACAAGAUCCAGCUGAUCAU